AUGCUCCAGACCACACCAGGGGAGUUAGAGGUACCCAGCGUCCCUGCUUCAUUGCUCCGGACCACCACCAGGGGAGUUAGAGACCACCACCAGGGGGAGUUAGAGUACCCAGCGUCCCUGCGUCAUUGCUCCAGACCACCACCAGGGGAGUUAGAGGUACCAGCGUCCCUGCGUCAUUGCUCCAGACCACCACCAGGGGGAGUUAGAGGUACCAGCGUCCUGCGUCAUUGCUCCAGACCACCACCAGGGGAGUUAGAGGUACCCAGCGCCCUGCGUCAUUGCUCCAGAACCACCACCAGGGGAGUUAGAGGGUAUGUGUCUGUACGAGGGUAUGUGUCUGUUGUACCAGGGUCGGUGUCUGUUGUACUAGGGUCGUUGUCCGUUGUACCAGGGUCGGUGUCUGUUGUGCCAGGGUCUGUGUCUGUUGUGCCAGGGUUGCUGGUGCUUUGUGUCCCAACUAACUUCCUCUUUCGUCUGUCAGGUUCUGGAGGUGUGGAGCUGCUCCUCGUCCUGUGCGGCCUGGACCUCUCCUCCCCCUGUCCCAGGAACUGUAUCUGCUACACCUCUCCCAGCACCGUAUCCUGUCAGGCACAUAACUUUCUGUCUGUCCCAGAGGAGAUCCCAGCACAGAGCGAGAGGGUCUUCCUGCAGAACAACAAGAUCCAGCGUCUGCUGCGAGGCCACUUCAGCCCCACCACGGCCAUGCUGUGGCUGUACUCCAACAACAUCUCCUACAUCCAGGCCUCCACCUUUCAUGGCUUUGCCCGCCUGGAGGAGCUGGAUUUGGGGGACAACCGUCACCUGAGGGCCCUGGCUUCAGACACCUUCCAGGGCCUAGGCCGGCUGCACGCCCUGCACCUCUACCACUGUGGGCUACUCAGCCUGACGCCGGGGAUCUUCGAGGGGCUCAGCAGCCUGCAGUACCUCUAUCUACAGGACAACCAGUUGGAGUUCCUGGAAGAUGAUCUGUUUGUGGACCUGCUUAACCUCACCCACCUCUUCCUCCAUGGCAACAAGCUCUGGUCCCUCCACCAGAACACAUUCAGGGGACUGGGAGUCCUGGACCGCCUCUUACUACACCAGAACCGGCUACAGUGGGUCCAUCGUCUGGCCUUCCACGACCUGAGUCGCCUCACCACCCUCUACCUGUUCAACAACUCUCUGACUGAGCUGUCUGGAGCCAGCCUGGCUCUGCUGUCUGCCCUGGAAUACCUCAGACUCAACAACAACCCCUGGGAGUGUGACUGCAAGGCUCUGCCCCUGUGGGACUGGCUGCGGAGGUUCCGGGGUUCUACGUCGGUCCUGGAGUGUGUUUCCCCUCCUGAGCUCCAGGGCCGGGACCUGAAGGGCCUGAGGAAAGAGGAUCUACCCAGCUGUUCAGCAGGAGAAGCCCGGGGACGAGGGGUCGUAGACGGGGAGGCCGAGCUGGGGGAGUCCCAGACAAAAGACGAGCACCAUCGACUCCAUCACAGGAACCACAAGCACCGCCAUAACCACCACCAGCACCUCCCACACGGGGACCAGAACAACGGGGACCCGUCCUCUUCGCCCCUACCCUUACCCCUUCCCAGGCCGCCCAAGGGGAGUCACGGGAACUGUACCCGGGGCCGUAAGGGAAAGGGUGGCAAGGGGGGUCAGAACGAGGUGCAGGUACUGAGGGGGGAGGAGGACUACACCCCGGGAGGGAAUAAAUACAACCCCUCCGCCCCCCCUCGCAGGAGGAACAAGUGUGUCCCCAGGACAUCAGUUGGCCCGCCCAGUGGGGUCAAGAGAGCCAAUAGUAACGUGGCGUCCUGCCCCGCUGGGACUUUUCUCUGCAUCCUAUUGGCUGUGCUGCUGUCACUCAGCUGAGACUGGGUUUACAUGUCGCUAAUGUUUUAUCAACAACACCCUACAGUACAGUUCAGAACGCACACCUGUGACUGACCAGCUCUGGCUCCUGCACUGAGGUGUGUUUGUGUGUUGAAGUUGAUGCGUUCAUUUUAACUGAAGCUGAUGAGCCAAGGGAAUUACUCGUCGCUCUUUGAUGAUGUCAUAAAGGGGAGUAUCAGUCUUACCUCUAGGGUUCUGAUUGUGUGGUUGAUUCAAUUGAGAAUACAAGAACAAGAAUAUUACUACAGCCAUAUCACCUGAGAGGAAACCUCAGCCAUGAUGAUAACAUGACCCUAACACGUUGUUGCCAUACUAGAAAAACAUCCCUAAAAUGUAAACUGGCCCAAUGCUCUUAACCUCUAGGUUACCUGCUGCCCAUAUUAAACUGUGUUA